AUUGGAAGAGAAUAUGCCUUUGGAGUCGAAGAAGAAGAUUCGUGACUCAUCAUAUCUCUCUCUCACUGUCACCUUUCGUCUUCUUCUCCCAGCUUUUUCUCCCUGUUUACAACAACUCUCAUCCCCGUUUCGUUCGUUUCACGAUCGUCAUCAAUCGCAAGCAGCUGAAUCAAUCAGUAGCAACAAGCCAAGGCUUAGACCAGCAAAGUCCUUUUGCUGGCUAAGUUUUAGGUUUUGCGUUUGUGAUCUUGAAAAAAGAAAAAAAAAAGAUUCCACAUGAGCCCUCAAGGUGUAUCCAAGACUAGCAAAGCCCUUGAGGGUAUCCAUGGGGUUCAUGUGGUCUCUCAUUCCCCUUUUGGAUUCGAGAGUAUCAGCCAAGUAUCUAGCUUUGAAUCCUCAGAUGCAGGAACAAAACAGAGUCUAUUCAUUGAACGUGUCUGGCAACAAAGACCACCAUGCCUAAGACCUAUCCAUUGCUGCAUCCACGGUGAUCAGAGUCUCUUAGAAACAGCUGCUAAUGUAAUCACAUCGCUCCCUUUCAUUUUUCUCGGUAUGCAAACCCCAAGGAAAAACCUUAACAUGAAGGUGUAUGCAAACUCCUUGAUUGGAGUUGGAGUCGCUUCGAGUUUAUAUCAUUCUUCGAGAGGGAAGCUGAGGAAGUAUCUAAGAUGGGCUGAUUACACAAUGAUAGCCACAGCGACAGUAUGUCUAUCAAGGGCUCUUAGGGAAGAGAAUCCAAAGUUCUUGAUGGCUGCAUCAGCUUUGGCUCUACCCUUCCAGCCUCUCGUGGUUUCAGCCGUUCACACCGGAAUGAUGGAGGUAGCAUUUGCGAAGAGAGCCUUAAAGGAUCCUGAUUUGAAAACGGCUCAUAACGUACACAAGAUGUCUACGUUGUUGGGCGGAGCUUUGUUCAUAGCUGACGAUCUUUUCCCUGAAACACCAUUCAUUCACGCCGGUUGGCAUCUUGCUGCAGCCAUUGGCGUUGGGACUUGCAAUAAGCUUCUUCAGUAGUUCCACGAUACCAAAUAUAUUUAUCGUGUAGUUGUGGAACUACUGCCAUAUUCUUGGUUCAGAGAAACCACGGUUUCACUGAGCUGAGCUUAUUAAUCAGCCGACAUAACUAGUUUACUUUGUAGUCUUCUUAUCUUCAAUGUAUCAUAUGAUGUAUGGAACCAAAACAAGUCGCUUGUAAUCUUUAGAGAGCCAGUACUUUUGCUUUUCUUUCUCUUUUCUCUAUAUUCUCCUUCUUGGAUUCUUCAAUGUAUGGAACCAAAACAAGUAGCUUACUAGCUUGUAAUCUUUAGAGAACCAGUACUUUUGCGUC